ACUCGCGUUGUCGAUGGCGUUUUCAGGAGCCUUGACGCUCACCGACCUCAAUGACUUCAUAACGCCAUCACAAGCCUGCAUCAAACCCGUAGAGCAGACGAACAAACCAGAACCUCAGGAUGCGGGCGCGGCUGCUACCCAAAUCCAAGUCGAUUCGAGCGGGUCCUACUACGAAGUCUCGACGAACGCACCUACCGCGGGACAGACAGCCGGGAAGCAGAAGCUGACCACAGCAGAGAUCAGUCUGAAUGAUUGUCUCGCGUGCAGCGGCUGCAUUACCUCUGCGGAGUCUGUCCUCAUUACCAUGCAAUCCCAUGCCGAGGUUCUGAAUGUUCUGGAGAACAACCCACCCCAUUCAUCUCCUGAUCACAAGGUCCCUGUUAUUUCAAUCGCGCCCCAAUGCCUGGCAUCCCUCGCUGCUUCCAUUUCCUCCAGCUCUUCACAGAAUGUUAGCCUUCUCCAAGUCCUUAGGCGCGUAAGUGCGUUCUGCAAGGAGGUGCUCGGCUUCGCCCACGUCUUUGACACUACGUUCGCCCGUCACAUAACCCUCUUGGAGCACGCGAAGGAGUUCACCGAGCGGAAGAACGGAGAAGGGAAGCUUCCAAUGCUUGCAAGCGCAUGUCCAGGCUGGGUAUGCUACGCCGAGAAGACGCACGCCGAGAUGCUGCCAUUCAUCAGCCGGACGAAGAGCCCACAGCAGGUCAUGGGGACACUCGUGAAGGAAUGGUCCGGAGCAAAGUGGGGAAAAACGCCUGAUCAGAUCUACCACGUCACGGUGAUGCCAUGCUACGAUAAGAAGCUCGAAGCUUCGCGGCAGGACUUCUACAACGAAGCGUACGCGACACGCGAUGUUGACUGCGUGAUCACUACGGGCGAGCUACAGCUCCUGAUGCAAGAGAAAGGCUGGGAUCUAUCCAUUCCUGUAUCAGACGAGAACGUGCCCCGUCUCACGUCGUUUUCUCGCGGUGCUAUGUUCGGGACCGUGGAUGAUCAACGUUCGGAUCCAGGGAUGUUAUCCGCGGAUCUCGCGUUCCCGGAGCUGCUCAUGCACCCUGGCACGAGCUCUGGAUCGUACCUUCAUUCAAUCAUUUCCACCCUCACCUCGUCGUCUUCAAACCCCGAUGUAUUCGAGGUGACAACGAAGACGGUACGCACGGCGGACUACGAGGAGUACACGGUCACGAAUCGGGAGACUGGCCAAGUCGUCUUCCGCGGGGCGAAGUGCUACGGUUUCCGCAACCUGCAGAACGUUGUUCGCAAGGUUGGGCGUGACAGUGGUGUCCAAGUCGGCAGAGGAGCAGCCGGCAGGCUGGCCGGUCUGCGUGCACGUGGACGGGCCGUACGGAAGGAUGCGGCCGGUAGCGCAGCGCAGGAGGACAGGGGCUAUGACUACGUCGAGGUCAUGGCGUGUCCGAGCGGAUGUGUGAAUGGAGGAGGGCAGCUGCGCGCCGUGCAACCUGCGAAGGACGCCGACGAAGAGGGCUUUUCGCGAAAUUGGUCAGAGGCAGGUGUCAAGUUCGACGCCGAUGAAACGCUACCUGCAGCACCUGUCGGCCCUAAGUGGGGAGAUCGGGAAUGGACGAAGAAGGUCGAGGCGGCGUACUGGAGGACGCUUCCGACACCUCCUCCCACCCCACCUGUCGACGGCUCUCCAGCGAGCAUCAGUUCAGCAUUCGAAGCGGCCGAUCAGCUCGCGGGUCGAAUCCUUGCAGAACUCACGAAGCCGGUCGAACCAACGGGGGGGCCGGUCGGGUGGUCCACGAAACUGGAUGGGGACGCAGAGGCCAGACGACAGCGGCUGUUCCGCACCCAGUAUAGGGCAGUGGAGAGCGAGGUUGUUGGGCUGGCUGUCAAGUGGUAAUAGACGUCUGCUAUGUUUGUUCAUUUCGUGCUGCAUUUACUAGUAUAAUUUCUAUGGAGGUCGUACCUUGACGAUAUGUCUACGUAUACAUCUUCUCACGGCUUCCAUGUACAACUGGUGAACGAUGCGGUGUAAAAUCUGUGUCAGGGCAGAUAACAAGGCGAUGAUACGAUACACCGAAUACAAUGGAAGAUACACAAGCGUCCCAGAGACGAACGUUGAGGACAUAAAUGGCAUAAAUCAUAUGGUCAUGGUCAUAAGGGCAUAUAUGAGGCAUAGGGUGGACAAGGAUACAACAACGGAGACAUCGAGAUGAUUGUACAGUAAGGGACGAAAUCAGAGCUACAAGAUGCUAGAAUGAUGUUGAGAGAAGAACUCAAGUCUGCGGCAAGAUAUAAUAAUUCAACAAGCAAAGAGACCCAAGAGGGAGACAGAAACUCAUACUGAUGACCUACGCAAUGUGGAAGCGGCGUGAAAGGCUCACUCAGGAAGUCCGGGGCGGGCAGUCGGCCGCCAGUGAACGGUAGAAGGGCCACUGCGGGGUCCGAGCCUGUUCUUCGCCGAUGCAUCCUUCUUAGAGCCAAAUGGAUUCCAGCGCUUGAGAUUGCCUAAGAUUCCCGGCUUCCUACCGCGACCUGCUUCAGCUUCAGCUUCCUUGGGCCGGGAUUGGCGUUUCGCUUCGCAGAGUUCGUGCCUCACUAUCACUUUCUCGACGUAACUCUCUCGUAAGCGCCUGUCCAGCAAGAGUCGGGGCUUGUGAGCUCUCGCAUCGCUCUGAACGCGCCUGCGAGAUGACACGACACUAUCGUAAGAUGGCGGAUCCUUAAAUGGGUCGUCCUCGUCGCUGUCAUCGUCCUGUUCUUUCGGCACGGAAGAUUGCCUUGUAGAGGAGAGCGGCUUCCCAUGCGACAAGCCAGAGCCCGAAGAUGUCGCAAAGGUCGUAUCGGACGCGUUGGGGAAGAUCGUGAGCCGCACCGACUUGUGGUCCAAAUCGGACGUAUCAGAUUGUGACAGGCUUUCUUCGCUCGAAGCCUCGGCCGUGAUUGCUGCCCUGAUGCUGGUUCCUGCAUGAUCCACUGGCGUCGGCUCUACCGGAGGCUCCCUCCAGACGGGCUCGAUCCGUCCCCUCAGAAAUUUCCGCGGGGCAACAGGAGGUGUAGUAGUGACCUCUACGUGGUCAGGAGCAACCUCUCCUGGAAUGGUUGGGGGAGGCCUCAACAAGCUGGCGAAUAAGCUGUAGGAGUCGAAAUCGAAGACUUGUUCGGACACGAUACUGAAAGUGUUGUCGCCCACGAUAGACCCGAAGUCACAAUGAAGCAGGGGUGUCUCAGGUUCGUUGCGAGGCGGAUUGCAUGGAGCUCGGGGAGUAACAGGCGACUCGGGAGGGUCACGGCCCACAGAUGAAGGUUCCUUCGCGGUAGCGUAACUAAUGCCGGACGACCGCUGGGAGCGAGUGAAGGACGCGUUGCUCGACUGGGCGAAUACUCGGAUUUCGGCCGGCCUCGGUUUGGCCAGCCAGUCACUCUCCUCAGAGGAAGAGUUGAAGUCCGUUGCCUGAGCCACGGCGGCAGGUCUGGUGCUGGACGGGAAGCUCGGGGCCAUGUCACGUUCCGAAGCAGUCGCUGCUCUAGACCCGAGCACUGUCUCCUCGGAAGCCUGAAGGUCGGAGAAGGCUGUGUCACGAGCCGUCCGGGGAGUUUCUCCUGUCAUGGAGCUCUCAAAUUCGGAAUCCUCCUCUUCGGCAUCCUGCGACGUCCAUUGGGAGCCCUCCCAGAUGGGGGAAGCGUCAGAGACGAUGGCGAUUGUAGACCAUCUGCGAUCCUGUUCUUCACUGUCACUUCCCGCGUGAGAGUCAGUGUCCUCGAAUGGAGUCUCCUCCCCGAACUGCGUCGUCGCCUUCUCUGACUCGACCUUUGACUCUAUGACAUCCUGGCCACUACGAGAAGCUUUCCGUGUGGAACGUGAGUGCCUAGCGGUGCUGGUGGCGAAUUGAACAGUUGGAGGUUGUGAAAAUUGGAAGCGAUGGGAGGAGCGGUGAUUGGUCGGCGACAAUCUAUCUCCGGGGUCCGACGAAAGUGACCCUGACUGACUAGAUUGUAUGGAGGCGUGAUCCAAGCUGAGCGACGCAAACGAUUUGGAGUCAGACGUUCCAGAUUCUUCUCGAUAGGGACGCGUGACUGAGGACUUCGACGAGGCUCCUGUGGAUACGCCAGAUCGCUUAGACGAGCGGGCGGUCCUAUCAGCGUGACCCUCAGUGCGCGUGGAGAAGCCAGAAUCGCGAGCAGUGUUCUCAGGAGACGUGUGGGGGUAGGUGGAACCCGACAAUGUCGGGUUGGGACGGGAACGAGUAGGCCUGUGGCGCGUACGAACAUCGCGAGCUGGAGAGGAAGCUUGCUGAGCUGGUAAGUCGCUGCCGCCGCUUCCAAUUCGUGAGGGCUCCUUCCUAGGUUGAGCCGAUUUCUGGUGAGUCACCGCUGUCGACUGCCCGUCGCGGAGAUGCCUGCCACUAUGUGUCGAUUCGACCGUAGAAGGACGUGAUCGACUUCGGCUACGUGAAGAAUCUAUCGUUUGCGCCAAGCUUUCUGUAGACCGUUCAUUGGACGUUCGAUCCGUGGGUCGCUUGGAAUGCAACCUCCCUUCGUAGCUUGUUACUCUCUCUGCAUCUUUCGGGGAGUGAUCCGACGGGAUGAUGGGUCGCUCGAUCCGACUUGAAAUCUUUCCCUCCCUGACUAGCUUCUCGUAGAUCUCCUUCCUUGAAGGGUACGUAGUAUCCCGCACGCGCCUCCCUAGCUCCUCCGCACGGGCAAUGCACGAGUCCAUACUCUCCAAACCCUUCUUCCUCAGCUCCUCCAAGCUAAGAAGCUCGACGGGCACACCGGACUCUAGAGGCGAUGUGGUGCCACUGGUUCGCGGCCGACUGCCCGUUGCGAGUAUGCGUGACGCAUGAGAAGAGGACGCAGAGAUGCUCGGUGCUCGCUCCUGCUUAUUCAUGUCGGAGCUCGACAUAAGGGACUUGGAGGACUGCUUUGGGAGUACUGUUCGCGCUCGUUCAGAGACGGUGGUUGACGAGGGGGGCACAGUCGACGCGACGUUAGGGGAGAGGCUAGCGGUGGACGCGUUCAAGGAUGGUGGGGGCGCCAAGGGGUUACCCCACGACACGGGCGUCACUGUGCACUUGACGGCCUCCUCACGGCGGGGCCGAGUGCUUUGUCCUCUGAGUUGCGCUGAGGAGCGGGAACGAGGAACGGAUUUGUCGCGUUGUCGGGCAAGCCUCUCAUCGUCUGUUCUCUUGGUACGAGAGUGAGUGGAGGCUAUCGUAGCGCGAGACGGUUCCCGGGCCGCGUCGACCUGCUGCAGGAGUUUGGGGAUGUCGAACUUCUCUUGUAACGACAUAACCUCGCGACGACGCGCCCGCUCUUCUUCCGCGGUGCCCGGCUGCAAGGAAGGUAUGACUUUGAGCGCCUCGGGGUCGAGCCCAAGACUAUGACGGAUGGGUGAGAUGACAGGGUGUGGCGGUGGUCUGUCCACGGAUUCGGGAUGAUAGGAGCCUAUGGGCAGGAGGGUGUGGUUGAGGCUAUGUUCGCGCAAGCUGAACAAGUAUGCAGCGAGGAACGAGGUAGAGUUGAAUGGCAGCGAGGUGGCAAGAAAGUGUGUCUGGCAGAUGUCAGAGGUCGUGGAGAAGGUGUCUGAAAGAAGGGUGUCUCGAUUAAAAGAGAUGGACUCCCGCUUUGCUUCGGCGCUUAUGUCACCGCUACCACUGUCCAUAUCCUCCGCUUUGACCUCCGUGCCAUCAUGAUCCGAAUCCGGAAACGCUUCAGCAUUCGUGGUUGCUGAAGAUGGGCCAGAGCCAUUGGCUUCCGCUACAUCCGAGCCCCAUUGUGUUUUCGGGGUACCAGGGUUGCUACGAGAACCCAAAAGAAAUCGACAGACGGACGUCCGGCACAUGUUCGUCUCCUGAGAUCAGUGCUGCAUGCCUGGGCCCGCUCAGGCAAGCUGCAAGGAGUGUUAUAGAGGAGGAAGGCGAGAUCCUUCGAGCGGAAUGGGCCUGGCAAGAGAGGGUGCGAAACCUUGUUAGGGAGAGACCAUCGCUAUAUCUCAGUGCCGGGUAGUCACUGCGCCGCGAUCCGGCGCACUUCCUGCGCAGGCGUCAGACGUAGGAGGUUGUCAACGCGGCAGUGCGUCGCCAACAGUCCCACACCACAGAAGGCACACCGCAAUAGGCUGGGUUCGGUGGGAAGCACAACUCGCACAUCGAGUAAUGAUAGAUCUGGGAACUCACACUCGUUGGUCACCGGUCUCCACAGCGUCGGUAUAUUGGCAGACUUCGCAUCGCAUUACGCUCCGUAGGGAAUAGUCCCACCUCAUAUUUGAGCUUUGGGACGACCGCCGGUGGCGCAGCAGGCUCAAAAGCCGCAUGCUGUAGACUGACCAACAUUAUGUGGCACGAGGGGCUCUUAUAUCUGAUGACUGGCAUGUUGAAGCAAUGGUAUGCCUUCCAUUGUGAAGGCGACAAUGCUGGUUAUUUU